GUCAUGCCUCCCGCCGCCCCGUCCGUCGCCCGGAGCGCGCAGGGAGGGAGCAGCUCGGACAGCGGCUCCCGGCCCUUCCAUGCGCCCGCGGCGGACCCUCGCGCGCCUGCUCCCGCUCUGCCUGUGCCUCUGCCUGUGCCUGGCCGCCGGCGCGGCGCGGGGAGCCCCGCAGCGCGCUCUUGCCCCUGUUUUUUGCCUCUCGUUUUAUUGGUGAAGAUAUCACAGUGAUGUCUGCAUUCAACCUGCUGCAUUUGGUGACAAAGAGCCAGCCAGUAGCCCUUCGAGCCUGUGGGCUUCCCUCAGGGUCAUGUAGGGAUAAAAAGAACUGUAAGGUGGUCUUUUCCCAGCAGGAACUGAGGAAGCGGCUAACACCCCUGCAGUACCAUGUCACUCAGGAGAAAGGGACGGAAAGUGCCUUUGAAGGAGAAUAUACACAUCACAAAGAUCCUGGAAUAUAUAAAUGUGUUGUUUGUGACACUCCAUUGUUCAAGUCAGAAACCAAAUUUGACUCUGGUUCAGGUUGGCCGUCAUUCCACGAUGUGAUCAGUUCUGAUGCCAUCACCUUCACAGAUGACUUUUCCUAUGGAAUGCACAGGGUGGAAACAAGCUGCUCUCAGUGUGGUGCUCACCUUGGGCAUAUUUUUGAUGACGGACCGCGUCCAACUGGGAAAAGAUACUGCAUCAAUUCGGCUUCCCUUUCUUUCACACCUGCAGAUAGCAGUGGUGCCGAAGGAGGCAGUGGAGUGGGCAGUCCAGCCCAGACAGACAAGAUGGAGCUGUAGAGUAAUGGAACGUGAUGCAAAUAAGUGUACUUAAUGCACAGCUUAUUGAAAAAAAAUCAAAAUGGU